CUGAAACAAUGUUGUGCGACUUUGAAGGAGGCGGAUAAGGAGUGUGUUGAGCGAUUCUGCGAUUUCAAUGCUUUGUCGCAAGCUAAUGUGAGUUCUGGGGGGGGGGGGGUACUGUAGGUUGGGGUACUGUAGAAAAUUUGGUAGAUCACGAGAUUACUGUAGCUUGAGAAUUCCUGGUAGAUCAAAUUCCGGAAAUUUUGAAUACCGGGGUUACUGUAGAUUCUUGUAGAUCAAACUUUACAUUUGCACAAUUUUCUUGAUUUUUCAAAAGAGUUCUAGGGUUACUGUAGCUCGGAACCCUAGUUCCUGGUAGAUCAAAAACUUUGGAUACUCUGAAGAAUACUGUACCUUCUAGAUUCUGGUAGAUCAAAUUCCGGAAAUUUUGAAGACCGGGGUUACUGUAGGUUCAAACUUUUUGGCACAAUUUUCCGAGGGGUACUGUAGGUUCUGGUUACUGUAGGUUAUGAUAAAUUCCUGGUAGAUCAAAAACUUUGGAUACUCUGAAGAGUACUGUACCAUCUAGAUUCUGCUAGAUCAAAUUGCGGAAAUUUUUAAGAGCGGGGUUACUGUAGGUUCAAACUUUUUGGCACAAUUUUCCGAGGGGUACUGUAGGUUCUGGUUACUGUAGGUUAUGAUAAAUUCCUGGUAGAUCAAAAAUUUUGGAUACUCUGAAGACUACUGUACCUUCUAGAUUCUGCUAGAUCAAAUUCCGGAAAUUUUGAAGAUCGGGGUUACUGUAGGUUCAAACUUUUUGGCACAAUUUUCUGAGGGGUACUGUAGGUUUUGGUUACUGUAGGUUCAAGUGAAGUUAGCUCGGAAUCUUUCAGAGUACGGUAGGUAUGGUGAAAAUUUUUGCAGAUCAAAUUUUUUGGAACUUUUUAACACAAUUAUCAGAGGGGUACUGUAUUUGGUAUCAAAAAAUUCCAAAUUUCCCAAAGAACAAUCUAGACUUACCGUAUCUCGAAUUCUAGAUCCUCAACUUCUUGUCAACCUGCUCCGAACGUGGCCCAACUGUCGGACAAAUGUGGGAUUGCGCCUCGCUCCGCCACAACCACAAAUCCUGCUGUGAAGCCAAAGGAGUCACCGGCAAAUGUUUGGAGUACUGUACCGCUCAAGACGGAGUUCCAACCAACUAUUUGGACUAUGUCUUCUGCACUGAGAACUUCAACGAGAUUCGCGAAUGUUUCCACGAGCAUUUGGACAAGAAUCCAGCUUUCAAGAAGCCAUAA